CUUAUGUGGUUGAUUUACAAAUCCCUGAAAACUUGAGAGAUUUUGUUCUUCCCUUUCUGUUUGUUUCUCUAUUUUCCCCCAGUUAGAUUAUUAACAUCCCUUCAAAGCAAAAAAUGGCUUCAAAAAGAAGGGGACCUUCAAGGCCCCAUUCCCUCAGCACCUAUGAAUCCCUGUUUGCAACUCUCUUUGCCAUACUGGUGUUGCUCUUUGCUGGAUUAUUUGCAGUGUCUUGGCUGGUAAUUGAGGGAUCAGAAAGAGAUGCAGUAUUUGGAAGAAGUCACAAAGCCAGAGGGACAUUGAAAAUAACAUCUGGAGCAACAUAUAAUCCUAAUUUGCAAGACAAACUCUCAGUGGAUUUCAAGAUUCUUGCUUUUGACCUUCAUCAAAUGAUAGAUGAAAUCUUUCAAUCAAGUAAUCUGAAAAAUGAAUAUAAAAACUCAAGAGUCUUACAAUUUGAAAAUGGCAGCGUUAUAGUCAUAUUUGAUCUUUUCUUUGCCCAUUGGGUGUCAGAUGAAAAUGUAAAAGAAGAACUGAUUCAAGGCAUUGAAGCAAAUAAAUCCAGCCAACUGGUGACUUUCCAUAUUGAUUUGAACAGCAUCGAUAUCACAGCAUCUUUGAAGAAUUUCUCAACAGUAAGCCCUGCAACAACUUCAGGAAGUGUUUCAGUAGAGUGCCCCUCUGGUUCAAGGCCUUGUGCUGAUGCUCUAAAGUGUAUAGCAAUUGAUUUAUUUUGUGAUGGAGAAUUAAACUGUCCAGAUGGUUCUGAUGAAGACAAUAAAACUUGUGCCACAGCCUGUGAUGGAAGAUUUUUGUUGACUGGAUCUUCUGGGUCCUUCCAGGCUUCCCAGUAUCCAAAACCUUCUAAACCAAGCAUUGUUUGCCAGUGGAUUAUAUGUGUAAGCCAAGGACUUGCCAUUAAAUUAAGCUUCAAUUCUUUUAACACAUUCUAUACGGAUGUACUGAAUAUUUAUGAAGGUGUGGGUGCAAGUAAAAUUUUAAGAGCUUCUCUCUGGGAAACUAAUCCUGGCACAAUUAGGAUUUUUUCCAACAAGGUUACUGCCACCUUUCUUAUAGAAUCUGAUGAAAAUGAUUAUAUUGGAUUUAAUGCAACAUAUACUGCAUUUAACAGCAGAGAGCUUAAUAAUUCUGAGAAAAUUAACUGUAAUUUUGAAGAUGGCUUUUGUUUCUGGGUCCAAGAUCUAAAUGAUGAUAAUGAAUGGGAAAGGGUUCAGGGAAACACCUUUCCUCCUUUUACUGGACCAAAUUUUGACCACACUUUUGGCAAUGUUUCAGGAUUUUACAUUUCCACCCCAACUGGACCAGGAGGAAGACAAGAAAGAGUAGGACUUUCAAGUCUCUCCUUAGACCCCAUGUUGGAACCGGUCUGCCUCAGUUUCUGGUAUUUUAUGUAUGGUGAAAAUGUCUAUAAAUUAAGCAUUAAUAUCAGCAGUGAUCAAAACAUGGAGAAGACAGUUUUCCAAAAGGAAGGCAAUUAUGGAGAAAACUGGAAUUAUGGACAAGUAACAUUAAAUGAAACAGUGGGAUUUAAGAUUACUUUCAAUGCUUUUAAAAACCAGUUUCUGAGUGAUAUCGCUUUAGAUGACAUUAGUCUGUCACAUGGGAUUUGCAAUGUGAGUCUUUAUCCAGAGCCCACUUUGGUGCCAACUCCUCCACCAGAACUCCCUACGGACUGUGGUGGACCUUUUGAACUGUGGGAGCCAAACUCGACAUUCACUUCUAUGAACUUUCCAAACAGCUACCCUAAUCAGGCUUUCUGUGUUUGGAACUUAAAUGCACAGAAGGGAAAGAAUAUACAACUUCAUUUUCAAGAAUUUGACUUAGAAAAUAUUGCAGAUGUAGUUGAAAUCAGAGAUGGUAGAGGUGAUGAUUCCUUGCUCUUAGCUGUGUACACGGGGCCUGGUCCAGUAAAGGACGUGUUUUCAACCACCAAUACAAUGACAGUGCUUUUCAUUACUAACAAUCUGUUGGCAAAAGGGGGAUUUAAAGCAAACUUCACUACUGGCUAUCAUUUGGGCAUUCCAGAGCCUUGCAAAGAAAACUAUUUUCAAUGUAAGAAUGGAGAAUGUGUCCCACUGGUGAAUCUCUGUGACAGCCUCCCGCACUGUAAGGAUGGCUCAGAUGAAACACAUUGUGUGCGUCUUUUCAAUGACACAACAAACAGUGGUUUGGUGGAGUUCAGAAUCCAGAACACUUGGCAUGUAGCUUGUGCUGAGAACUGGACCACCCAGAUUUCAAAUGAUGUUUGUCAACUGCUGGGACUUGGGAGUGGAAACUCAUCAAUGCCAAUCUUCUCUACUGGAGGUGGACCAUUUGUAAAAUUAAACACAGCACCUAAUGGCAGCUUAAUAUUAACACCAAGUAAACAGUGUUUACAGGAUUCACUGAUUCUGUUACAGUGUAACCAUAAAUCAUGUGGACAAAAACUGGUGGCUCAAAAAGUCAGCCCAAAGAUUGUUGGAGGAAAUAAUGCCCAGGAGGGAGCCUGGCCCUGGCUCACUGCUCUGUAUUAUAACGGCCAGCUGCUCUGUGGGGCUUCUCUUGUCAGCAACGACUGGCUGGUGUCUGCCGCCCACUGCGUGUACGGGAGAAAUUUAGGGACGUCUACAUGGAAAGCAGUGUUAGGCCUGCAUAUGACAUCGAAUCUGACUUCCCCUCAAAUAGUGACUCGGUUGAUAGAUCAAAUUGUCAUAAACCCACAUUAUGACAAACGGAGAAAGGACAGUGAUGUGGCCAUUAUGCACCUUGAAUAUAAAGUGAAUUACACAGAUUAUAUACAACCUAUUUGUUUACCAGACAAAAGUCAAGUUUUUCCUCCAGGAAGAAUUUGUUCUAUUGCUGGCUGGGGGAGAGUGGUAUAUCAAGGUCCUACUGCAAAUGUAUUGCAAGAAGCUGAUGUUCCUCUCCUGGCAAAUGAAAAAUGUCAACAACAGAUGCCAGAAUACAACAUCACAGAAAAUAUGAUAUGUGCAGGCUACGAAGAAGGUGGAAUCGAUUCUUGUCAGGGGGAUUCAGGAGGACCAUUAAUGUGCCAGGAAAACAACAGGUGGUUCCUGGCUGGAGUGACAUCAUAUGGGCACCAGUGUGCACAGCCUAACCGUCCGGGGGUGUAUGCCUGGGUCCUGAGGUUCACGGAAUGGAUACAAAGUUUUCUACAUAAGAGUGUUCCAAACAUGAAAAUCAGGCAGUUUUCCCCAUUCUACUCUAAGAAGCAAGGAAAUAGAGAGUUCUGUUAAAAAAAAAAAAAAAAAAGUUUCUAAAAGCCUUAUUCUUAUCUAAGCCACUGAAAUGCUGGGGGUAAAAAGAACAAAAAAUAUGUAUCUUUACAAUACAAAUUAACUUUAAUACAUUUUGAUUUUAUUGUGAACAGUUACUCUUUCACAAGUAUCAUUUCUUUCUUAAUGAGUAUUUUUAUCAUAUUCUCUUUUUUAAAGGAAUGUAACUUUAAAGCAUAUACUAUAUACUUAAUAAAGUUUUAGCAAAAUUAGUAAAAGAAGUGAAAUUGCUCUGUGCCAAGUAUGUUAUUCUUUGAAAAAAACUACUGCAAAUUAUCUGGUUCCAUCUGAGAUGCUGUUGUUAGAAUCUCAGCCGUCUUCCUGCUUUUCCCUCCAAAUGCACUUCUGAUUCAUCUGGAACAUGUCCUUAAUAUUGUCCCCAUUCAUAAAAGAGAUGUACUGUAAGCUCCUGUCACAGACCUGGACCAAACUGACUGCACAGUCCUCUCAAAUAAAUUAAUUAAACAGCAACUAAGUACAAGUCUAUAUAUCACCCUUGCAUCAAAAUAAAAGGUAAUUAACCAAAAUUGUCAUUCUUUUAUUGGAUCACUUUUUUAACUGGGUUAUUCAUACUGUUUGUCCAUUUUUCCCAAGCUAGCAUUUUUCAAGUUUUGAAAAAGUAAUAAGACAUAUUAAAGAACUGCAACCAUUACAAAUGGUUUUUUUUCUGAUUUGUGUGUGUUAUAGUCGAUGUUUCAACAUGUGCAAAACUUCCUUAGAAGCAGCUGGAUUGCCCAUUCGAAGGCCAAAAAUGUGGAAUAAAUGGAUUGGCUUCACUGCUUUAAUCUCUUGGAUCAUUUCCAGAGUAAGAACAAAGUUCAAAUUAGCCUACUACACAAAAUCUAUUGAUUUAUUUAGAAACACAAAAUUCAUACCUUCUGCAAACACACACACACACAUAACCCUUAGGGCCAUCUCACUGCCAUUCUCAAAGAAGAGGGAAGUUGACCAUCCCACUCCUGUACCUACAGGUUCAGUAACUGAUACCCCAAGAGUUAUCCAGGCCUGCAUCGAGAUAAAAGGCGAAACCAAAGUCCUUCCCAGCGCUUUGCCUCUCCAGCCUUGUAGCUGUGGGAGUCAUGGGUGGCACAGAAACAGGGAAAGCACAGUCUCCCCUCCAUCCAGUCCUGACUAAAGAAGAAACACAUGGUGGGAGCUUGUAGUGAAGAGGCAGAUCCCGGCAGCUGGUCUCUCAUUCUGCCCAGAAAGAGCAGUAGCCAAGAAAAGAAAGUGGAGGGCUAACUGUGGGCAGAUCUAAGCUUAGAACACAGCUGCCCAUGCCCCCAUCUGCAAGCAGCUGCGGAGGGGCCAGUGCCCACUAAGUCUGAUUUGCCUCUUAGUUGUGCCAACCACCUCUAGUUGUGAAUCGCCUUCAUGAAAGCUGUUUAUUAUCUAACUUAAAAG